AUGGAGACCCACGUGGAUUCGUCUAAUGUUUCUGAUGUAUGUAAAAAAGUUUGUAAGUCGUGGAGUUGGGCAACUAAUGCAAAUUAUUGCUCGAAGGGUACUAGAAUCAUGGUCGGUUGGGAUGCUAACUUAGUUGAUGUGAUGAUACUUCACCAAACGGACCAAGUGGUGCAUACUCAGGUGAUGUUUAAGUUGGAUAGAAAAUCUCUUUUUGUUUCGUUCGUUUAUGCGGAAAAUUAUUACAAAACAAGGAGGGACUUGUGGAAAAACUUAUUGGCGCACCGUAUGUUUAUGCGUGAUAAACCAUGGGUGAUAAUGGGAGAUUUCAACUCUUCCUUAUUUAGUGAGGAUACAAGUGUAGGAUCAUCUACACUAAACAUAGGGGACCGGGAGUUUAGGGAUUGUGUGUAUGAUCUGGAAAUGUUUGAUGUUAAUAGCUCGGGACUUCAUUAUACUUGGACGAAUAAUCAACAUAAGAAAGGUCCGAUUUUAAAGAAGAUUGACCGUAUCAUGUGUAAUGUUCAUUGUAUUGAUAUGUUUCCUAAUGCUUCGGCGUUUUUUCAUCCUUAUCGAGUGUCGGAUCAUGCCCCUAGCAUUUUGAAACUGCCGAAUGUGACGAGGGACAAACCUAAGCCGUUUAAAUUUGUCAAUUUGGUGGCUGAAAAAGACGGGUUUAUGGAAGAAGUUAAGCGAAUCUGGAGUACUAAUAUUGAUGGAUAUCGUAUGUAUCAAGUGGUGAGGAAGUUGAAGUUGUUAAAAUCUCCGCUUCGGAAGUUAUUUCACAAACAGGGCAAUCUUCAUGAGAAGGUGAAGAGUGCUAGAAAAGCUUUAGAUAUGUGCCAAAUGAGUUUAGAUGGUGAUCCGUUAAACGAAAACAUUUUAGCUCAACAUGGUCGAUUACUACAAGAGUAUAAGGACGCUGUUCACGAUGAGGUAUCUUUUUUGAAACAAAAAUCUAAGGUAGAGUGGCUUGCGGUUGGUGACUCAAAUACUAAAUAUUUCCACAAUGUUGUGAAAACAAAAAACCACCUUAAGCCGUAUUUUCUCUGUUAG